CGUCACUGAGGCGCAAAAGUCACAUCACCACACACGUAACAAAACUGAUCUGGAUUGUUUACACACUUUCGAGACAUCUUGCAUGAACGCUGUCAGCCAACUGAGGAAAAAAUGGCUAAUAUAAAAUAAUAUAAUGUACACCCCCCAGAAAAUGAACUGCAGAAAGGCGAGCGCGUCAUGUCUGAGCACCAGUUGCGCGUGCAGCGAUCCCUUCAGAAGCUGACGGUGCCCGAGUGGUACCGGCAGUCGCAGGUGCCGCGCGAAGGGUUCCUCCUGAAGAAAAACAUCUCCAGGGAAACCCGAUGGACGGGCACCGCCACCACAGGCAGCAAAACCACAUCGCUCAGUAGUCUAGGUUCCAACACGCAGUCGCCGGUGGUGCUCAGCCCAACGCCUUGCAAUCAGCCUUUCGUCAGGUGGUCAACAUCGAAACUGAACUCAACGGCAUCUUCGCCGUGCGCGUCAACCAGGAGUAGUUUCAACACCAGACAACCGAAUGGCAGCAUAUCGCCGUCCUCCGUCAGGUCAAGCUUCAGCUACAGACAGCCUUAUUUGGGCUGGAGGUCGCAAGAAAGACUGAAUAGGCCGCGAACGCCUGCCGAAAGGUUGGCCAGUUCAUUGCUCAACAGCCAAAAUGCAGUAUCUCACCCGGUGCCUCCGCAACCCAGCCCCGAAAUCCAAACGUCGAUCAAGGAAGUGACGUCAGCUAUCGUGCACUACGUCAGCGGGUUACACCCGCCCAGCUCACAACAAGACUCAGAUGGGGGCAGCCCACGUGGCAGCACGAGCCGCCUGUGCUGGCUGGAGAGCAGUUUCGUGGGCAGCCGGCCGCCCGAUUCGCCGGAGACACCUGUGGCCAUCAACGAGACCACCACGGGGCCCCCUGCGGUUGUUCCUACCGCUAGUAGUGGGCUCAGGCUGGAGCUGCAGGCGCAUAAUGGUAAGUCACCCCUAAGGGCGUAACAACGAUUAAAUGAAAGAGAGACUAAGCUAGGGGGCGGUGGAAGAACGGGGAAAGGUUGGAUUUGGAAGCAACUCAAAAACUACUGGUACUUUUCUCUGCCUUUGUCGUAGUGCUAAGAAACUGGAAGUGAAAAUAUUGUGAAAACAUUUACAAAACACCUUUAUGGUCGCCAUUUUUCCAAUAGGGCGUGGCAAACGACAAAGUAAAAAUUCUAAAGGGCUACGUGAAAAUAAUACGUAUAUGGGCUCAGUAAUCUUCAGAUCUUUCCCAAAAUAUUUCAAGUAAAACCGAUCAAAGAAUCAAUGUACCCCCAUAAAAAUACUAAUUUUCUUUAAUUUUAAUAUAACUACUUUUACAGUAGAAAGAUCCGGAAGAAUAAUGAAUAAUUAAAAACUAUUUUUGGGUUCAUUUUUCCAAUAUGAUAAGAGGUGGAAAUUCUGAAAGAGCACGUCCAAUGCUAUUUUAUCUUAAAUCUUCAUCUUUCAGACGAGAAACUAAGGGCCGUAUCGUCAGUCGUUUCUACAACAAAAUGUAAGACGCCUUUAUGGCCUUCUUGAUUUUCAUAGUUUUUUACUGUUCCGUGUCAGCGCUCUAUUUUGAGAUUAUAUUGCAAAUAUUUAUUUACAUCAGAUUGUUCAUGCUUUUGAUUUAUAUCAUCUGUUAUAUUAGCCUGAAAUUUCCUACAACAAAAAGAAAAAGUAGUCUCAAAAUGGCGAGCGCGGACAGUAUAAAUCUUGGAAUUCCCCAGCCUUUCUGAAGAAGAGAAAACGAAAAUCAAGGAGGCCAUAAAGGCGUCCUACAAUAAUUGUAGGACACCUUUAUGGCCUUCUUGAUUUUUAAAGUAUUUUCUCUCCUACAGAAAGGCUGAGGUAUUUCUAGGUUUCUACUGUUCCGUGCAGCCCCAGCGAUUUCAUAUUGUGAGGCUAUGUUUUCUUUUUGAAUUGUAGGAAAUUUCAGGCUAUAUAACAUGAUAUAAAUCAAAAGCAUGAACAGUUUGAUGCAAAUGGGCAUUUGUAACAUAACCUCAAAAUAGAGCGCUGACAAGGAGGCAAUUAAGGCGUCCUACAAUUGUAGGAACGACUGACGAUAAGGCUUUGAGUAACUUUAAAAAAAAAACAUUAUUUUGAGUAGAAAAUAGGUUCUUGUGUAUUCGGUUCUUAAGACUCUUUGAUGCCUUACUCCGUCAUCUUUAAGUACGACAAAGAAAACUGACUAUGAGUAUCACGGUUAACAUCAUGGUACUAAUGUUUUAUUAUAAUUCAUGGCGUUCUUCAUAUUAUUCUUCUUUGUGUUACUGAGCGACUAAAUCCAACCUUUCCCUGCAAUGAGAAUUUUCAGUGUCACUCUAAAAAAAUGGUCCCAGUUCAAAACCUUAGGUGUAGAAUAUUUGCAGUUCGUUUUCCUUAAAAUGAACUUAAAGUGAUUAAGAGUUUUAUAUCAAUUUGUUACUUAGCUAUAGUAAAUACACACAUGUGAAAUGGAAACAGAAGAUACUGUAUUUCGUUGCAGUUACAAGAUUUUCACCGUCAAUAUUGGCGUUGAAAAUAAAUAAAAGUUUGGAACAUUAAUACAUACAGUAUGUUCACUGAGUCAAAGCAGUUAUGUCACAACGUCAAAUAAUGACAGUGACGCACAUGUUUGCCACAUUAAUUAAAACUAAUAGAUCCUAGGGCGUUUUACAAAAUCUAUGCCUGUGAUGCCUUACCAUCGAUGCUUCAAAGGACACCUCAAAUUUUUGAACAAAUCUGUUUCUAUAAAAUAACAAUGCGAAUACUGAGGCCAAAAGAACGAAAAUAAACUACAAACGGUCAAAUGUCACAACAUAGAAAAUUGUUACCAACAUAAAUGUACCCGGAAAUUUCAAACUGUACGUAUCAAUUUAGGAUCUAUUUUGCAUUAAGGUUGGCAUUCAAAUUUACUAAAUAUGCCGUAACUGCUUUGUUUCAGUGAAAGGACUGUAGUCACAUUACUUUUGAAUGUUUUGUUCAUUCUCAAAAUACAGUAUCUCUGUGAUAUUCAAGGCUCUGGACACAUCCUACUUCUUGCUUAAAUCUUUGUUAAUAAUAAUUCAUAAUGCAAGAUGUAACCCAAAGGAAUUGAAUCGGCCAUUCCAAAAACCCUAAUGAUCACGAUGUGAAUUUUUCGGAAAUCAAUAAAAACUGUGUCAUUCACAAAUAAACAAGUUGUUAGGACAAUAGGAAACAUACAGUAACAGUGUUUUUGGACUUUGAGACUAUUGACAGGGAUAAAUUACUUACAAAAUUGCAUCACUACGUAUUUAAAGGAUCUGUAUUCAAAAUUCUGUAAAACUACUUAAUUGACAGAAGUCAAAAUACCAAAAUUGGAUCUAUAUUAUCAAGCUCAAAAAGUAUUUCUGUUGGUAUACCACAAGGUAGUAAACUAGGUCCACUAUUAUUUAUUUUAUACAUUAAUGACAUUUGUAAUAUUUUAGAUUAUUGAAACAUUCAGAUAUUUGCAGAUGAUACAUUAAUAUACACAGAUGAAAAUAUAGAUACUGCUUUAAAAAUGCUAAAUUCUGACUUGCCAGAAUCAUAAAUUGGUUUUAUGUAAAUAAACUAAAAUUGAAUACCUCUAGAACAAAAUGUAUGCUGAUAGGGAAAGACCUAAAUGAAAAUACUAUCACAGUUAGGAUAAAUGAUGAAAUAAUUGAAAAUGUUAAAUCAAUUAAAUAUUUAGGUAUACAUACUGAAAGUUUGAGGAUCACUAUAAAUACAUUAGUUCAAGAAUUGACAAAAAACGAAUUACUUUUAUAGGUACAUAUUCCAAGAAAAUACACUACAUAGAAUUGAAUAAUCAUUACCACAAUUAUUUUACAAGAAGAAAUUUUUUAUUUACAAAAUUCCAAUAGUAAUAUAAUUAUCAAGUCACUAUUUCAGCAAGGAUUACUUGGAUUUAAUAAACUAAAUAAUGAUAUAAAGUCUACUUAUAAUUUAAAGGUGUUUAAAAGAACAUUAAAGGAAUAUUUCAUAGACAGUGAAAAUUCUUAGAGAUGCAAAUUUUGCUUUUUUCUAAAUAUUUGUGUUAUAUUACUUUUUUACUAGAAUUGCAGCAAUCAUGCUAAAUAAACAAACAAACUUGUUAUGAUUAUUCGAAGAAGAAGAAAUGUAUUGACUUACGUGGUUUAUAACCAGAAUAUGCAUCUACCCAGCGGUUUCAGUAAAAAGCAUAUUGAAAAAAAAUAUGACUUAGUUGAUUUUAAAAUGACCGAUUCACUUCUUUUCGAUAUUACAAGCGUCUAGCUCUUAAGACGCUGAGAUUCGUUUGAGCUACUUCAGGCAUACCAACUGAAUUAAGCAAGAAAUUCUACGGAAUUGACGUGUGUUUAGGUGCUAAAUGUGUAUUUUUUACAUCAUAUAUUAUUCAUAUAUUGACGGACGUGCAGUUUUUUUGCAAAAUUUCCUAGUCAGGUAGAAUAGUAUGAGAGUGGAAUGCUAGAAGACAGAGUGUUUUAAACAAGUCGGGUUUAAACAGUGCUCUCUUCUUCUGUAUUAAGUAUGUUUUUGCCUGGUGCUAUGUGCUAUGUAUAUGUCGAUAUCCCCCUUUUUUAUUUCUUUUUUAGCGGACAGUGUUAGGUUGAUGUGAACGUAGAAAGCUGCUUUUGUAGAACUCAGUCUAACCUAGUGACUUAGGACCGUAUCGUCAGUCAUUCCUACGGUUGUAGAACAUCCUUUAUGGCCUCCUUGAUUUUCAUAGUCUUUCCUCUCCUUCAGAAAGGCUGGGAUAUUUCUAGAUUACUACUGGCAGCGCUCUCCAUUGUGAGGCUAUGUUUUCUUUAUGUAUUCUAGAAAAUUUCAGGCAAUGUAACAGAUGAUAUAAAUCAAAAGCAUGAACAAUUUGAUGCAAAUAUAUUUGUAACAUAAACUCAAAAUAGAGCGUUGACACGGAAGAGUAGAAAACUAUCAAAAUCGAGGGGGCCAUGAAGGCGUCCUUGAUUUUUAUAGUCUUUUCUCUCCUUCACUUCAGAAAGGCUGGGGUAUUUCUAGAUGUCUACUGUUCUGUGUCAGCGUCAGCGCUCUCCUAUUGUGAGGCUGUUUCUUUUUGAAUUGCAAGACAUUUCAGGCCGAUAUAACAGAGGAUAUAAAUCAAAAACGACCUACAAUUGCCUUUAUGGCCUACUUGACUUUCAUAGUUUUCUACUGUUCCGUAUCAGCGCUUUAUUUUGAGGUUAUGUCACAAAUAUCUAUUUGCAUCAAAUUGUUCAUGAUUUUGAUUUGUAUAUAUUAUAUAUGACAGAUAAGAAUCAAGCAUGAACAAUUUUAUGCAAGUAGAUAUUUGUGACAUAACCUCAAAAUAGAGCGCUACCGAACAGUAGAAAUCUAGAAAUACCUCUACCUUUCUGAAGGACAGGAAAAACUAAUAAUCAAGCAGGCCAAAAAGGCGUCCUACAAUAAUUUUAGGAACGACUGACGAUUUUACUGAAAAUUUAGAUUCUACGACGAGAAUUGUCGUUGCACUGGUAUUAAAAUUGAUCUUUCUAAAGCGAAAGAUAUGUAUAAUUCAAAUUGAUUUUUCAGCGUUGAAAUCCAAGUUGCACAAAAUUAACAAGGAAGAAUGUAGUAUAAAGAUAAUAACAUAUAGUCAGAUAACUAAAUGGAAGAGAAUAAGGUAACGCGUCGUACGACACUGUAGCCGCAGUGUACUUUUUGCCAAGUUCGGGUUAUACAGAGACGUAUCCCAGAAUCGUUCCGAUUCGACCAGUCGCCAAUCACAAAGCAGUUCUAACGUGUCAAAAACCAACUGCGCAGGAUCAAAACUAGCGAGUCACUUAUUGACUUGGUUUUAAGCUACUUGAAGUAGUCUUGAAAUUACUUGAUAAUUUUUGUAGAGUAAGUUAUAAAUAAACAACGGAAAGACUUUGUGACAAGUUACAGCAAAAACAAUACAUAUUGAACAAAAUAAUUUUAUAACAAAAUAAAACACUGUAAACGUAAAUAGUAAAAAAAGCAUUUCUUCAUCAGCUGAUACACAAAAAAUUUCUUGCCAUCGAAACUAGAUUUAGGAAUACAUUUUCAUGUCUUUUCCGCCAGUCGCAAUCAUUUGCAUUAAAAGAAAAAAUGCGGUUCAUCGGUUAUACAAAUUAAUAAAUAUCACUGAAGACGUUUGGUACAAUAAAGAUAUAAUUCGCCAUCAAGUAUCAAGCAGUUUGAAAAUGCUUAACCUAAAGUCAAGUAAAGCAAUAAAAAAAUCAAGUUAAGGUAAGCAUUAAUGUUUCAAGUAAUAUUAUUGUAAAGUAAUUUAUAAAUAUAUCAAGCUACUUGACUUGAUGAAUUCCUAAUCAGAACUGCACGGGUAUUACGUAUCUUAAAAAGUGGCAUUAUGGCGAUUUUUUUGACAUUAUAUUGGUAUUUAAUAUGUAUAUAUUUAUAAUAUUUAAUAUUUAAUACACACAAUCGUCCAAAUACGAUCUUGCUAUUCAACGAACUUUCUUCUCAGUGAUGAAAACUACAGACUACUCGGCUUUACGAAACAUAUGCAACCAACAAUGCGUGUAGUUGAACCAUUCUUCCAUAGAUGGACGCUCAUAACGAUCCUAAUGAGCUAACGUGGAAUGACUGUUUACACCCUAAAAACUAUCUAGUCUGCAAGAUGACAUUUUUAUGUUUUUUGACGUUUUAUAAGAUUUUUACGUAAUACCCGUGCGUUUCUGCGAUAGUAUGUAAAACACGAACAAGGCUAAUGACACACUGCGUACUGUGACUUAUGCUACUCUCUUCCAUUUUGCUACUUAUCUUUCAUCACUGCCAAUUUGACCUCAUCAAUACUUUGCAUGUUCAAUUACGAUAUUGUGUGGCCAUAAUGUAUGCUGGUACUACUAUGUAGUUAUAUCAAACUACAAUACAAUUUGCCAACACAGGAAUUCAUACAGUAUCCCCGAACUUAAUGAAUAGAUGUUAGACUGAGCUCUACGAAGUAAGGGUGCUUCCUUGUCACCACAUAGUUUACGUUUAAAUGUAAAUUGUGAUGGUUUUGAUGUUGCCUGAGAUGGUUCAAUUUUUAGACACUUUGCGAACACAUACUGUUGUUUAGGAUGGAACUGUGUAAGAAUAGAUAUUGAUGAUAUGUUCAUUGACAAAAAAUCAAGAUGAUUGAUAUACUCCCUAUUAGACUUGUUGACAAAUAAUUUUUAUACCAAAACUAAACUUGCACGGUACCACUUUACACAACUCAACGAAGCGACUUUUCCCUUUUUAUGCCCUCCGCAAAACCAUUUUGAGGAUUUUAAGUUUUUAUGUUGUGUCAUUUUAUAUUUUAUCUAAUAGUUCGUCCGAAAUUUUCGCUAGUAUAAUCACUUCUUUUCAAUGGUUUUGUGAAGUUGGUUUUUAUUUAUUUCUUUAUUCAUAUAUUUAUUUCUGAGAAGGAAUCAAAAAUUGUAAUUAUGAUUUGCGAGGUCAGAUGGGAAAAUUGAGAAUAUAUGAAGAAUGGUUAUCGAAUAUAGCGAAAUUUCAACUUUAGUACAUCAGAGUAUUCUUAAAGUUGAGUUUGCAGUAUAAAAUUUUGUAAUGAAUUGAAAUCAUAUAGAAAAAAACUGACUAAUACAUUGAAUCGGAUAGAAUAAUCAGAAUGAUAUGUAUAAAUAUGCUGCUGUAAUUUUUCAUAUUUGACCUCAUCAAUAUUAUAUUUAUUACUGGAGAAGAAUAAAGGCGUCAUAUAUAUUAUUUACGAUAUGUUAGAGUGCUAAUUUUGAUUAUUAACUAUUAUGUUUGUACAGAUUUUAACUAUUAAUCGAUUAAUAUUAGAGGUUAUCACAAUACCUUUAGGUGCAAUUUUUGUACUACGAAUUUCCCAAGAAAUAUGUUUAUAGUAAUAUUAUAUGAAUUUCGACUUUAUCAUCUAUCAUAAUCUAGGACUAGGUGCAUGUGUGUAUAAAUCACGAAAUUUUUCAUCAAUAAAUUUGUUUUAUUUUUUUCA